GCCGCCGCCGCCGCCGCCGCCGACCACCACCCGACGACGACGACGACGUCAAACCACCUAUUGCAGGGCGACGCCGAUAACAUACACACACUCUUCCGUUCCGACCGCCCCUUUCCGCCCGCUCACCACCCCCCCGAGAGUGAGGCUGGUUGCGACAGGGGACAGCAACAGCUUCCAGUUGUGCCAAGAAGCCCGUACUGCGCGGCUCGGGCAGUCCUGGCAGUCGACAACAAGACCGGCACCGCAGAACCCCAUCAUGAGAAGACACCGGUCCGCCCCUCUCUUUGCUUGCGCUCCCGCCCUCUUCACAGCACAAUGAACGGCGACACGGGCCUGGUCGGUGGCCUGGUCGAGAGGCUCGCAACCAGGCUUCCUCAUCGCACCGGUGCUCCCGCCCAGGAUCUCUACCACGACGACAUCAUCUCCAUCACCCGCUCCACCCUCAUCAGGAUCAGCUCCGGCUCCGUCAACCUCGUCCUCGACUCCCUUCUUGGUCUCCUCGAGGACCUUGCUCGCCCAUACCGGUCCAUCUUUAACCAUCCGCCUCUUGUCCUUUUAUCCGAAAUCUACGCUCUCGAAUUGAUCGCCGACUGUUGCGCCAGCCAUUGGGGCCCCUCCCACACAGAAAAUGGACUCGGAGAUAGCUAUGCGCUCUCUUCUUCGCAGCGUGCUGCCUUGCCUACCCCCAAGCCUCUAGACGACGUCCUGGUCCGCCGCAUCUUUGAGGUCAUCAAGCUACUGUUCGAUCCUUAUCCCGAUGGCUAUGCAUUACCCGCCAAGACGCUCCUUGACGAGACCACCGCCAAACCGGCUGCCGUCCGUCUCCCUGACGAGGUUAUGCGUACCCCUGUUUCCACGCCCUCCAACGAACCCCUAGAAAGCAGCCACUUGCUGCAGCUUCACGCCACCGUCAUUGAAGCCCACGUCAAGACCAUUGUCGAAUUUGCCACGGCUUCCAGCUGGUCGGCCUCUUUUGAAUACUUCAGGCACACCAUAUAUACUGCCCGUCAGUCGGUACCUGGCCCGGGCACGCCGAUACCCAAUGUCGCCGCUGCCGAGGAAGAAAGGUCGGCUCUCAUUAUUUUGAGGCUGGCGGCAUGUUUUUGGGUCGACAUCCAGAAGCUCAGCGCCGUUAUCGCGGAAUUUAAUUCCAGCUGGCUACAAUUUCGAAAGAGCUUCCAGAAUACUGUCGCCAUCGUCACUCCUUUGCUUAUAACCCGGUGGCUGGAGCGAUAUCCCCAUGAGUUUGUGGAGCUGCACAUGGGCCGCAGACGCCGCGAUAAUGCGCCCGAUACGCUCUUCGACUAUGCCCAAAACGGCAGCAACGACAAUACCAGGAGAAGGGGCCUUCUACAUCCUCUACAGACAACGUUGCUACUUCUCCUGCCGGAUGUAUUUGACGUUGCCAGUAACAUGCGCGAAGCCAAGAGCUCAAGCAUGGCCAAAAAAGUUUCGUUCCUCGAAGAUCGAAAAAGGGCCCUUAGAAACCGAAACGAAGUGUCCGUCUACUGUCUCGUAUUUCUGCUGCGUGCCGCGCGACACUUCGAUCCCGACAGCGAUUUGGCCCUCGUGAGUUAUGCUAUGGACGUCCAGGAUGAUGUGCGCGAUUCCGUAUUUCGACGCUAUGGCCUUGGCCCGGAUGGCAUAUUCUUCGAGCAGGACAUCAUGACAGCAGCGUUCGUGAGCCUCACGCACCUAAGCUUUGAAAGCUGCGUCGACUCUCUUGUGGAUCAGUGUCUUACGCCGUCAGCGCCGCAUAUCUUCAAGAUUGCCGUAAUCCAGGCGUGCUCGCACUUCGCGAGGUUGGAGGACAGCAGCAAGUACCAGCCAUUGUUCACAAAGGCUUCGGCGUUUGUUCAGGGGCAGCUACAGGCCAUGUCAAUGCUCCUUAUCCAGGGCUAUGUCGAUGAGCAAAUUACGCAGCGACAGCAGAUUGAGAGCGCCUCCAUGGUUGACAUGAUCUGCAAUAUUCUAAACUUCUUGGACGCGUCCCCCAUGACGUUGUUUGAAGGGCCUCCUUAUGAUCUUAACGAGCGCGAUCGAUUUUACCAGGAAAAUUUGGAAGCCCUUAUCUCAUGCGUAGUUGCGCCAGACGAGUCGGUUAGGCGGCUCGGAACCAAAGUCGCCAAGCGCUUGUAUGCCAACGACGUGGUCCUUCAAUCGUUGAGGACUUCGAAGAGGCUAGAACAGCCGGCAUUCAAGCUGGGCUUCUGGCGGCUGACAUCCCUCAUCCUGAUGUCAAUAUGCGACAGAGCUGGCAUGCCAGGCACUGCUCCUGGCCUUAAAUCAGUCCUGGAGUACCUCGAUUCGCGGUUAAUGCUCCUGAAAUCGUUACCGGAACUGGCUCAAAUUUCCGAAGACAUCCCCGAAAGAACAGCUGCAGCCACUAAGCUGGAAACCCUCUUCCUCGUGUCACUUUGCUCGGCGGAGAUUGAGGUUUGUCAGAUAGUGACAUCUUGCAUUGGAACCUUCCUCGAAGAAUGCAGAAUCAUCGAUGCUGCCGCACCUUCGGCAUCGAAGCCCUCUCUGGCCCUCUUGCGAAAUGCAGAUAUUUUCAGCGAGAUCUCGUCACGCACUUUCAGGUUUACCGGCCUGGUUGCUUUCCAAAAGCGCAAUAGGGGACUGUUACGGCGCUUGCAGUAUCCCAGCGCCGGUAUUCUGAAUGCGUGGGAGACCGUAUUCGAGAGGUGGCUUCAUUUGUCCAAGGACGUCUCUCUGACAUCGGCCGAGUCCAUGGGAGAAAGAGUUGUGGCUGAAUGGCGCAACUAUUCCGGGUUCCUAGCCUCCUUGGGCGGAAUAUGCACGGCUGAGCAAGCCGCUACUCUUGAGGAGCCGGCAGUCAGUGGGCUGCGGUGGAUUGACAGGCUGUCCUCUGACAACCACGAAGAACCUUUCCUCAAUAGAUACCUGAAGCUCAGUAUUCAGCUCCUGGCUUGUACAAAUGUUAGGAUCCGGGAGACGAUGAGGGAGAUCCUCGCAACCGAAGUAUCGCCUGCGCUGUAUCAGCACUUGUUCAGAGCCCUCGAAUCAGAACUUGACGUACUAUUCACUGGGGCCCUUGAGACGCCCUCGAGGGGCCAAGACAACGAGAUUAUGUUUGCCGAACAGGCAGCAUCGCUCCUCAGGUCUCUGGUGGAAAGACUCGACACGCCAACUGAGCUUGGCGCCGCAUCUUCGUUCCAUCUCAACUCACUCACGUACAGCUUCGCCAAGUUCUUGGACGGGGUACCAGACUCACCGAACAGUUUGCGCGUCAAAAUUAAAAUCUGUCAGCUCUGUGAGGCCAUUGUCAAGAGAAAAGAACAUCUCAAUCUCCGUGACGAUGUCCGCAUCCGAAACCAACUUCUUGCCUACGUCUAUAGCUGGGUUACGAGGCCUCAUUCUCCCAGGAUUGAUGCGGGCGCCUUCGGUCAGAGCCGCCAAGACGAGAUGGUUAGGGUGCAGAAGGAUCUCGACAGGGCAUGUCUCAAGGCGGUAGCUGAACUUACAUUUCGCCUGCCUUUGCAGCUGAACGACGCGAUGACUGAUGCCACGACCAGCGAGCGAAAGGGAAAACUGUUCGAAUCGUACUUCAACAGGUUCUUGGAGGUUCUGGACCCCCAAUAUGAGCACAUGUUCCGGACCGAGCAUGCCAGCAGCUCUUCCUCCAGAGACGAACAGCCAUCAACGUCCGAUCUCUCCAUCACCAUCAUGUCCAAUCUCUUGAGCGCCAACAUCGAUGUGGGACUCAAGUCAGCACUCAACAUCGGAUACCAUGAGCACACCGAGAUCCGAACCGCAUUUGUCAGGGUGCUCUAUAACAUCUUGGUGCAGGGGGCUGAGUUCAAUAACCUCUCAAGUACAGCGGUCACUGAGAAAUACGAUGAGCUUCUGGGCCUUCUGACGGUGGAUCCAACAUUGGCUAUGGCUAUGGGCGCGGUUUGCCCCAGUCACGAGGUGGAUGAGCUGACGAUUUCGCUGCUUAGCAUCUAUGAAUCAAGGGGCCAAAGUUUUGUGCUCCUUGAGGCCCUGAUCAAACAGGAGAUUGAGGAGACGGAGAAUGAAUCAGAGUUGCUGCGUAGGAGCUGCGUCGCGACCAAGAUGCUCUCAGUCUAUGCAAAAUGGAAAGGCGCAGGGUACCUCAAAACUACCCUGCAAAAGGUACUGGAUCGGUUGAUGCAAACAUCGAAAGACCUCAAUCUCGAGCUCGAUCCCACUAGGGUCAGUUCCCCAGAGGAAUUGCAGAAGAAUGCCCUGCAGCUCGAAAUAGUGGCCAACGUAUUCAUCGAUGACAUUUGCGCCUCAUCGGCCAGCAUACCACCAUCAUUUAGGAAAAUUUGCAGUAUUAUUGCUGCAGCGGUGAUGCCCCGAUUCUCUGAGGCUAAGUACACAGCAGUUGGCGCGUUCAUCUUCCUACGCUUCUUCUGCCCGGCCAUUGUUGCUCCUGAGGUUGAGGGCCUGGUUGCUACGGCACCUUCCAAGGAUAUGCGCCGUGGUCUCCUCCUGAUCGCUAAAGUCAUCCAAAACUUGGCCAACAAUGUCCUAUUUGGCGCCAAGGAACCUUACAUGUUCCCAUUGAACGACUUCCUGACAAAGAAUAUCUAUCGGGUGACCACAUUUCUGAGGGAGAUCUCGGUCGAGCCGGAAACAAUGGAGCGUCCCAACAGCGACGAGUCGUUCGACUUUGGUUCUUGUGUGUCUCUUCACAGGAUUUUGUAUGACCAUUGGGACCAAGUUCGGCAACGGCUCGCCUCAAUUGAAAGGCGAGACCUCGUGAGGUCGCCUGGCGAAACCACAAGAGGAAAGCCAAACCUCCUUGAACCCCUGAGGAGCCUCAUUAUGAAUUUGGGACCACCGCCGCUGGCUGUGACCUGGAACAGGCCACUGAUCGGGGCAAACCUGCCGCCUGUUUACUCCAGGUUCCAGGAUUUUAUGCUCCGAAAUGCGUUCCGCGGUGUCGAAUCUUCGACGACUCCAUCCCCCGCCAUUUAUGAUGCUGGCGAAUCCAGGGACGGCAUCCAGAUGAUCUGCAUCCUGCUGCGGUACAUAGACACCGAAUCUGCCGACGUUGAUGCAUACUUGUAUUACUAUCUAAAGAUCGCUAGUCGACUUUGGGAUCGGCCGUUUGGCAUUUUCAUCGACGCUACGUUCUACAACGUGCAGUCCGAACCAGCGGAGAGUCUACUGCGCAAAAUCGAACUGCUUACACCAACUGAGCUCUCGAAGCAGCUCUCGCGCGUGUACAUUUUCAAUAUGAACUCCGCUUGCAAGAAGGGGUUCCGCAAGGUGUUCAAGACUUGGAUUAGGAACGAGAACAGCAUCUAUAGCCCCGCCAACAUCGAAUAUCAUCUCCUCGGAAGUUAUCGAGAGUACGACGCCCACUUCGACCACAAGAAAUUCAGCCUGAACAAGGACACCAGGGAAUUUAUGGACGAGACUCUGGAGGGUUUCAACAUCACACGGCUGUCGAAGACCAAGGGUAAAAUCGAUGUUUCCCUGUCGCUCAGCAAAAGCUUCGUCAGGGUUUCGACCAAGAAGAGGCAAGAAAUAUAUCCAGCAUCCCGGAUUAGUGUGGUAAUCAACGAUGCCUUCCGCCUGAGCGAGGUUGAGGAGGCUCCAACAUCCAUCCAGACGGAGGAUGAUUCGGCGUUUGGUCUUAGGGCGGAUAAUGGCAAGAUUGUGAUGUACUUCACAAGUCCUGAGAAGGCCAAAAUUUUGAGUCUCCUUCGCAUGAGAAAGGCGCAAUACGUCAAGGACCCAAAGCAGAUGCAACCGCAGGAAAGAUUUAUCAAACCACAGGAUGUACCCGGUACUCUGCUAAACUUGGCGUUGACGAACCUGGCUAGCCCAGACCCCAUGCUCAGGCUAUCUUCAUAUAACCUGCUGGGGGCGCUGUGCAAAUCGUUCAAGUUUAAGGCUGCUUCGAGGCUUGUCAGCACCAAAGACAUUGCGGUUCCAAGCGAUCCUUCGCAGUUCAUCAUCCAAAUCAGCCAGCAGCUAGCCGAAUCGGAACCGCAGCUUACUGGGGACUUCUUGAACGAGUUCUUCGCCAGUUGGCCCAGCUUUUCUGAUGAGCAGAAGCCGUUAUGCCUCGCCUACAUGGCUCCCUGGAUACCCGGGUUGCGCCCGUCUCUGCUCGCUAAUGAGGUGGACGGUGAGAAGGGCAUGGAAAAGAUUGCAGCUCUCUUAAGGAAGCUCAUUGACAUUGCCCUUUCAGACCCGCCCAUUGUUCUUCAGCUACAACAAUGCGUCUGGCCCGCUAUCCAGCAGGACGAAAAGUUGCUUGAAAGUUUCCUUGAGGAGGUCAUCAAGGCCGCACUUAACAGAGGAUUUGGCUUUGCGGAGACGGACACGUUGACCUCGAUAGCAGGUGGAAUCGGCACGGUUACCCUGCGUGGAAGGGUAAUUUCCAGGCUACGCAAGGCACUGAACCGGUCUUCCUUGCGCCCGACAAAGUAUCUGCCUGACAAUUCGGUAUGGAACGAAAUUUGCGUCUUGCUACAAUUUUGCCUCGCCUUGUCGUUUGACAGUGGCGAACAGGCUGAGAUGUUUAUGCCGGAAAUCUUCCACGUCGUUACCAUGCUUGCCAACACAGGCAAUCCAGACGUCAGGCAUGUAGUCCACCGACUACUAAUCAACACCAUCCAUGCGGCUUGUACUUCGUUUGCCUUGGAUGAGGUACGGCUCAAUAAGCUGAAGGUGACGCUGGACACGUUGUCGGAUCCGCGGAGCGACCUCUUCACAAACAACGUCACGUUUACACGGGAUGGGGCUUCGAUAUCAACCAACCAGGACGGAGGCGCUGCCUUGGCAGCCACCGAAAACCUAGCGACUCUCUUGUUCGAGACCUGCUCUGUUGCCGCCCCUACUGUUGACCUCGCCAACAAAUGGCGGUCGCGAUGGAUGGGCCUUGUGGCAAGCACGGCUUUCCAGAACAACCCAGCUAUCCAGCCUCGGGCGUUCACGGUCAUGGGAUGUCUAGCACGCGAGGAGGUUGAUGACGACCUGCUAUACCAGGUCCUUGUAGCGCUCCGAAACAGCAUCGGCCGCUUUGGUGAUGACAGUAACAGUGACAUGCUGGUCGCCAUCGUCACCUCGCUCUCCAAGAUGAUGUCCAAGCUGCCAUCGGCGUCCCGUUACGGUCUCCAGCUCUUCUGGCUUGCCAUGUCCCUCCUCCGACUGGUGCCCCCCAACUUGUUCAACUGCACUGCAAUGUUCUUGGAGGCGGUGCUGACCAACAUCAGCACAACGGGCGACCUCAAGGGCGAGAAGAUGGUUCAUUAUCUUCUCCAGGGAAGGGCCCAGCUGGAGGAGGCCGCGCUCUUGCUCGAUGAGGCAUACGGCAUUCACUUUACUGCUGAGAACUUCCACUUUGCCGCGUGCGCAUGCUUGGUGAGGGGUUUGACAGAUACGGUCACCAAGGCAACGGCGUUGAGAGUGUUGUCCACGUUUUUGGAGAUGACAACUUUCACCGUGACAACUGUGAACGCAGCUGUGGCAAGUGCUACUCCAGAUGGAAUCUUGAGCCCGACGGUGCAGCCGCUAAAGACCAUGAGAGAACUCUGCGCAUCACCAUACAUGGCCUUGAUCCUAGCACGGACGCUCAACUUGGAUGAACUUAGGGAUAGUCUUUGGUCGGCGGGUAUCAACGUCAACCCCAACAGCAGCGGCCUGCCUCCGUUCUCAUCCGUUUCUGCCUCUGUUGCUGCCGGUGGUGCCCUUGGUGACCCUCUCGUGGGAGGCGUCGCCAGUGACGCAGUACCCUCGCCCGCAGCCGCAGCUGCCGACACGUCAGCGAUCGACAUUCGCCGCGGCGCGAACGACUUGGACUACAUCAAAGACAAGGAUUUGCUCCUCAACACGGCCAUCGAGCUGGUCGACUUCCAGUACCUCGAGGACGCAGUGCAGAACCGCACGCUGAUGUGGCUCAACGAGAUCGCCGUCGGCAGACCGUCGGUUAUCAUGCGCCUCUGCGGACCCAUCAUCACCAUUCUCGACGACAUUGUGCUGCACUGCCAGAACUCGGCGACGCUGGAGAGCGCGCACGAGCUGCUACAGACGCUGACGAAUGAACCGCGGUUUUCGGGGGCGAUGGAGCAGGCGGCUAGGUUGAAUCAGGAUCUGGAUGACAUGGGUUUCGGUGGGCUGUGGAGGAGUUGCAGCUUCAAUUUGAGCCAUCAGGAGCAGGAUAGGCAGUGUUUUGGGUUGACUGAGAAGUUGAUUGAGCUUAUCAUUAUCUAAGACCGACAAAGUCUAAAGGAAGCGGUUGGUUACGCGAUAGGUGGUUACAAACACAAGGACGGCAACAAUGGAGGAGGAGUAACCACCAUCGACUACAUGUCUCCCGCAUUAUACAAGCCACCUACGAGCAGGAGGACACGCGGAUUUGACCAUACAAGAUUGAGCUAGUCCCAUCAUGUACGGUCGCAUCAACGAAGAAGAACAUGGAAUGUGAUGAGGCAAAACCUGCCUAUUGAGAGCCAUACAUACAAUUCCCCGUCAUGGAGGAUUUCAAGGGGAAUCUAAGAAAAGUGAAGAGGCUAUGGGAGAGAGAGCCAGGAGUGACAUAUGACCAGGAAAUGUGGUAGACAGGAGAGGGGAGAGUCUACUCAAGCAUUGAGGCCGAUAAGAAGUGAGAUAGUGAUAUGUAUAUACCGUUAUAUAUAAGUUUCAGUUUUCG